AUGACAAAAGCACCUGGGCCACGGCCGAAGCGCAAAUCCCGUGGUCGGGGCCUCCGCGCGACGACAGGCUGCGUCGUCUGCAAAAGGCGGCAUGUCAAAUGUGAUGAGGCUCGACCCCAGUGUGGUCCUUGUGCCAAGGGCCAGCGACCGUGUAUUUACGCGCCUCAGAGUACCACUGACGCUGCCACAACUCCGACUCCUGCCCCUCCUCUCAUCUCCACACCGCGACUUGACUCAAGGUCCUCCAGUGGACAAGGACAGUCGUCGCAUAAUGACACGGGCGAGCGACAUGGUCCCCUACAAUUCUUGAUCGAUGCCUGCCAUCAAAAGCAGCCGAUGGAGAACGAAAUUUUGCCGCGCGAAAGCCACGAGACCACCGAGAGACAUGAAAGAUUGGAUCUCUAUCCAGAAAUACGACAGCGACGGCAGUCGCAGCACCUGCCCGCUCCUAUAUCACCGGCUCCCAUUAUCCCUUCUGCCCAUUCCCCUUAUGGCUACGUCCCUUCUCCAGGAACGGAAAGCUCGGCAUCUACUCGAGUAGCACCGCUCAGCUGGUUUGAGCUUUUGGCCACCGACGCUGCAAAUGCCAACGAUCGGUUCCUCCUGUCACCGCCACAACAAUUCCCGCGGACUCAUCGAGAUCCAAGCAACCAUGCAGACCAUCACGAUCAUCUCGAUCAAUCUGGAGAAGACCCGCGUCACAGUUCAAACCUGCGGCCACGGACACUCAGGGAACGCGAAAGCUUUCAUGCAGCGGCCUUUCGACGCGACCCCGAAAUUGAGCAGCGACUUGUUUCCCAGCAGCCCACCGGAGAUGCAGAUUCGGUGAUUUCAGAUGGCCCAUCCUCGUGGACGACAUCUUCUCCGAUCCAAUUAUCUAGACUUGAACAUGAGCUGUUCUCCCAUUUCGUGCGCGUAUCGAGCAAGUGGCUAGACUUUUAUGACCCGUUCCAGCACUUCGCCUCGGUGGUUCCUCAUCUGGCUCUUCGAAAUGUAGGAUUGAUGAAGGCAUUGCUGGCUCUUUCUGCGAGGCACUUAUCCCUUGAACUGGAACUGCGCGGGAAGGAAGUGAAUUCGAUCUUGGCAGAGCACGAUGGCGCUUCUUCCGCUCAACGCAGUGACUCGAUUCAAUCUCAUGCGAUAGACCGCAACCUGGCGGUGCAAUACUACUAUGAAACCCUUCACUACCUCAACAGAGCUAUGCAGCAUCCGUCAUAUGCCCGCAGCCACGAAGUGAUUGCAACUUCUCUCCUAAUCAGUACAUAUGAGAUGAUUGACGGAUCCAAUCAGGAUUGGGAACGCCACCUCAAAGGCGUCUUUUGGAUCCAAAGAUUUCAAGACAACGAUGGAGAGUCUGGCGGGCUGCGAUCGGCCGUCUGGUGGGCCUGGCUUCGACAAGAUGUAUGGGUGGCCAUGAGGGAGCAACGGCGGGUGUUUAGCUUCUGGCAACCAAAAAGACCAUUGUCUCUCUUGACGGCCCCCGAACUUGCUACUCGAGCCACCUACCUUCUUGGUCAAUGCGUGAACUACGCGUCAAAGGAAGAGCAGGAGACAUCUGAUUUGACUCGGCGCCUUGAAAGGGGCAGCGAGCUGCUGUUCUUACUCCAAGAAUGGUAUGAUUACCUACCUUCGGAAUACAGUCCUCUUCCCUUGGAAUCUGAUACGGCUGUGUUCCCGCACAUCUGGAUUCAUCCACCCAGUUAUGCAGCUGCAUUGCAAAUCCACAGUCUGGCAAGAGUCUUGGUCAUUCUUCACCGUCCUUCCUCUGGUGGUCUUGACGAUUACCGAGCGGCGCAGAAAUUGCUGACAUUGUCUGUCAACACGAUAUGCGGGAUUGCACGUACAGUUGACGAGUCGGAUCAGGCGGCCAGUAUCGUCUCUCUUCACUGUGUAUUUGGCGCCGGCAUGUGUGUGUAUACCCCACAUGAACGAUUGGCGUUAUUGGAUUUACUCGAGGCCUGCCAGAAUCGAGUGCGCUGGCCCUCCAGAUCUCUCAGGAAAGAACUUGAGCUGGAGUAUGGAAAGGAUGAAUUUGCGAAUCUGGCAGCAUGA